UUUCUGGAGAUUUCGCCUUCUACAAACUUAACCUGGCAUCCGUGUCUCGGAAGGUUCGAAUGUGCGGUUCUAGAUGUUCCUCUUGACUACAGCAACCUGUCUGGCCCAAGAGCAUUCGUUCCCUUGGUCAGGACAUCCGCAACCACAACCCCAUACAAAGGCAUGGUCUUGACCAACCCUGGAGGACCCGGAGAGUCUGCUAUCGACGACUUCAUCAACAGCGGUGUCUACGAAGCUUCUAUCGUCGGCUCGAAUUAUGAUUAUGUUGCGUUUGAACCUCGAGGGCUCGGAUACAGUAUUCCAGCCACGAACUGCUCCUCUUCCCUCCCCCCAAUACCUGGCAUUGAAAAACGCUCCACAAGUCGAAGAUCAAGUCAAUCUGCCCGUUUGACAGGCCCGUUUCUAGGCAGCACAUUCUUCAACGAUGACUACGAAGGUUCGAUUGAAGUAGGACAGGCCUGUCAAACACUGACGGGUGGGCCGAAUGAUGCGGGACCACACAUGUCGACUUUAUACCUCGUGCAAGAUAUGCUCAGCAUCGUCGAUGCAUACGCCUCCAGUCCUCAGUCUCAAGGGCUCGAAAAUGCUUCGCUGGUCAAUUUUUGGGCUUUCAGUUACGGGACUUACGUCGCGCAGACAUUUGCUUCCAUACAUCCAGAUCGAGUGGGACGAUUCGUGAUGGAUGGAGUCGUGGAUCCGGAUGACUACCGCUCCGGUGAUCUGCUGAAGAACUUGCAAUUCACUGACGAGGCUUUCUCUACCUAUUUUGUUUACUGCCAUCUUGCUGGCCCGACCGUAUGCCCCUAUGCUACAGGGACAAGCGCCUAUGAUAUUUUCAGUCGUUUUGAACGGACGGUCAGGAGGCUCGAUGUUACGGAAGCAGAGAAGCAGGGGUGGGCUAAUGCAACCGUGAUCUCGCUCUUGCUGGAGGGCUUGAAGCAAUUUGCGCACAACGUUGCCUAUGAGCCGAUCAAUGCAUUCCCUGCUCUCGCUCCCGUCUUACUAUUCAUGGAAACCGCUUCACAGAAUGCUACCGAAGCUACUGUUCAGCAAUUCAAAAAGCUAACCGGGGGGAAAAUCACGAUUGCGCUUGGCUCGAUAGAAUGGACGAGAGCAGUGGCUUGUUCGGAUAUGGGCAAUGUGUUGUUCAACCAGACUUUGGAGGACCUGUCGAAUGUGGCGAAAAUAAUGGAGUCGCAGAGUUAUGUCGGCGGGGAGUUCUGGGCUAGCUUGAGAGUUGCAUGUUUGGGAUGGGGAAUUGGACGCGAGGGAACGUAUAUUGAAUUUAUAGGCACAUUCGGCGGUGCAAGCAAGAAUCAAAUGCUCUUCGUAAGCAAUACGAUGGAUCCUGCAACGCCG